AGUUGAAGAUAUAAUAAUGAAUAAAUGGGACAGCCAAUAAUGUUGUUGAGUAAUGAGUACCUCUUCCAUUCCAUCAUGGGAAUAUGAUGGAAUAAACUUUUGAUUAAUCUAAUAUUAUUGACUCCUCAAUCAUGAUACUGUGGUGCGCGAGUAGCUUCCAUAUUCCAUUGUUAAGGACGGAAAUAUUGCAGGAAAAGUCAUCGCAAACUCCUUUCACUUGCAUAUAUGAGGUUGCAGUAGACACAGAGAAGCUGCUAAAGAAAUUUCAGUAAUAAUGGAAGGAACCAAUGUGUUGAAUUCGACGAGUACAGUUCUUCGUAUUCAUGGAGCUGAAGGAACAGAAAUGGUAAAGCAAAUUAAUACUGUUGCUUCAAUUGAUGGAAAUAUUAAUGCAAAUGGUAUCCACAUCAACAAUAUAUCUUCAGCUCAACCACGUUACCCUUCUCAACAUUUGCUCAUCAACAGCAAAGAAGCUAGAAAAAUGUACUUGGAUUUCGGUGUGCCACUUUACAAAGCCGCAUUAAGAGGUGAUUGGGAAACUGCAAAGGCGAUUCUAAUGAAAGAUUCGAGACUUUUAACUGCAAGUAUCUGCAAAGGAGGCCAGACUGUUCUCCACUUCGCUGCUGGAACAAAGCACGUCCACUUCGUGGAGGCACUGGUGAAAAUGAUGACAGAGGAUGAGUUAGAACUCGCAGACAAGAAAGGGAACACCGCUUUCUGUUCUGCUGUGGCGACGGGGGAAGUACAAGUGGCUAUGAUUAUGCUCCGGAGGAACCCAAAUUUGGCAACCAUUAGAGGUGGAGGGGAUGAUCAUAAGGUGACGCCACUCUAUAUGGCAACCAUGUUUGGACGCUCCGAAAUGGCAUCGUGGUUGUACCCCAUAACUAAGGAAAGUCUUGAGGAGAAGGACCGCAUUGGAAUUUUUUUUAGUUGCAUCUGCACUGGCCUUUAUGGCUUGGCACUUGAAAUUCUUCAAGAUGAGACAUGGCUAGCUAGUGCUCGAGAUAAGGAUAAUAAGACUGCUUUGCAUCUCCUUGCUUUAUCUCCCUCUGCUUUUGACAACCGGAGUCCUAUUGGGUGGAACAAACUCGUGAAAUCAUGUUUUAACAUUGGAUUUGAAAGAAACGUGAAGCAAUCUAAAGCCCUCGAGCUAGUUAAAUGUUUGUGGGAACAUGUUUUAGAUCUUGGGGAUGUGGAAGCUAUGAAUCUUAUCAUUUAUCCAUCAGAGUUACUGUUUGAUGCUACAAAAUUCGGAAAUUUUGAAUUUCUAGCAGCACUUAUCAGUUCUUAUCCAGAUUUGAUAUGGGAAACUGAUAAACAAAAUAGAAGUAUAAUUCAUAUUGCCGUGUUAUAUCGUCAUGCAAAUAUCUACAAUCUAAUUCAUGAGAUUGGUUCAAUUAAAGACCUUCUUGCUACUUAUGAAGAUACAGAUGAGAAUAAUAUAUUGCAUUUGGCUGCGAAAUUACCCCCUCCAGAACGACUAAACAUUGUAUCAGGGCCAGCUCUACAAAUGCAACAACAAUUAUUGUGGUUUGAGGAGGUGAAGAAGAUUGUGCAACCUUCUUACGAAAAGGCCAAAAAUAAGAAAGGUAAAAACCCCGAAGAGUUAUUUUGUUUGGAGCAUAAGAGAUUGGUGAGAGAAGGAGAGACAUGGAUGAAACAUACAGCUCAAUCAUGCAUGCUUGUGGCAACUUUAAUUGCUACUGUAGUUUUCGCAGCAGCAUUCAGUUUACCAGGAGGUAACAAUGACAAAGGGUCUCCAAAUGAUCUUGCAAAGACCUCAUUUCUAAUCUUUGUCUUGUCAGAUGGAAUUGCAUUAUUGAACUCAAUAGUUGCAAUGGUAAUGUUCUUGUCAAUCCUCAUAUCUCGUUACACAGAAUAUGACUUUCUCAAACGGUUACCGUUGAAGCUGAUUAUUGGACUAACAUCACUCUUUUUCUCAAUGAUAGCCAUGAUGGUAGCCUUUAGUUUUGCCUUUGUAUUAGCUUAUGAUCAUGGGAUUAAAUGGGUCCCUUUAUUAAUUUCUAUGCUUGCCAUUGUUCCAAUCGCUUUAUUUGCUGUUUUGAAAUUUCCCCUAGUGCUUGACACUUUCAAUUCAACAUAUUGUUCAGGGACACUUUUUCGACCAAGACACAUGUUGAACUAGAAAUGUUGAACGUUCACAUUUUCCAUGAGGGUAAUUAAGUAUUAUUUUUGUAUUAGGAUGCUACCAUUAAUUUAGUUGUACAUGUAAAUAAUAUAUGGCAUCUAACAGAUAUUUUACAUAUAUCUAUAUUAAGUUAUUAUUACGUGCAAUACACAUAUACUUAUUUA